AUGGAGCAUGAGGAUUUGUGGUGUUGUAUCGAACCGUCUGAUAACAAACCAAUUAAAGCAAGUAAGGUUGUAAAUGCCAAAGCCAAGUUGAUUUUACUUCUGGACCCUCAAAAUUAUGUUCAUGUUCAAGAUUGUUCAACUGCAAAAGAGGUAUGGGAAUGUUUACAACAAGCUUUUGAUGAUAAAGGGCUCACGCGAAGAGUUGGCUUACUAAAAGACUUAAUAAAUACUAAAUUGGAAUCUAGUUAUAGUCUUGAAGAAUAUGUGAGCAAGAUCAUCAAUACUGCUCACAACCUGCGUAACAUUGAUUUUGACGUAAACAAUGAAUGGCUUGGUACUUUGAUGCUGACAGGCUUACCAGAUGAAUACAAGCCCAUGAUUAUUUUGCUUGAGAGCUCAGGCAGCAAGUUAAAAACAGAGGACCAAGAUGCUAUAAUUGCAAUAAAUAAGGUCAUUUUGCUAAACUAUGUAAACAACCAAAGAACUAAUAGACUCAGGAGCAUCUUUGCACAUGACUUGCAAGAUGACUGGUUGUAUAAUGUCACUGAGCCAACUGUGAAAAGUGUUACUGUGGCAAACAGAGAGCCAUUAACUGUAAAAGGAGUUGGAUGUGUGGACAUUCAAAUAAAUCAGAAAGAUAAAAUACAAGUUAAAAAUGUACUGUUUGUUCCUGGUUUAGCUGCCAAUCUUCUUUCAGUCAGCACAAUCGUGAAGAAUGAGCAUAAUGUUAUAUUUUAUGACAAGGGAUGUGACAUUCAGAAUGCUAAAGGAGAGGUUAUCUGUAAUGCAGUAUUGAAAAAUAACCUAUAUGUUAUGAACAUAAGUGGAGAAGAGGUUCAUCUGACUUCAAGUGCUGUGAAUUAUAAUGACACUUAUCUGUGGCAUCUGCGAAUGGGACACUUGAAUUUUUCAGACAUUAAGAAAGUGCCAAAUUGUGUUGAAGGUAUGUCUUUGACUUUGGACAAAGAUAAAAUGAGUGUACUUGAUACGUUCAAAGAUUUCAAGUCAAAAGUAGAGAAUGAAUUAAAUUGUAAAAUUAAAAAGUUACGCACAGAUAAUGGUAAAGAGUACUGUAAUAACAAUUUUGAGAAAUUUUUAACUAAUCAUGGUAUAAUUCAUCAGACAUCUACUCCGAACACUCCAGAGCACAAUGGCUUGGCAGAACGAAUGAACAGAAAACUAGUUGAGAGAGCAAGGUCUUUGGCAACUGCUGCGUAUAUUGUAAAUAGAUCUCCUACAAAGGCUUUGGAAGGUAAAACACCGAAUGAACUGUGGAAAGGUAAAAAACCCAAUUUAUCUCAUUUAAAGAUUUUUGGCUCUGUUGCUAUGGUACAUGUACCAAAAGAAAAACGUCAAAAAUGGGAUAGACAGGUCUAUGAUAGUAAUGUAACUGUUCGAUCACUCCAUACACGUGACAAACAGCACAGUGAUAAUCAUGAAAAUCAUAUGUGUUUCUCUACUGAACUGACCGACCCACAGGCAGUUGAGGAAGUCUUUGACUUCACUACUGGCUAA